GUAAAACUCAGAAGCUGAAAAGGGCCAAGGAGGAAGCACAGGCUGAAAUCAAGACCUAUCGUGAAGAACGGGAGAAACAGUUUCUGAAUUAUCAGCAAGAGCAUAUGGGGUCCAAAGAUGACUUUCAAGCUAAAAUUGAAGAACAGACAAAUGUGAGACUUGACCAAAUCAGUGAAAGUGUAAAGAAAAACAAGGAGGAGGUUAUUCAGAGGCUUUUAGCGCUUGUGUAUGACAUCAAACCAGAACUGCACCAGAAUCUGAGGACAUAAGCUCUGAUAAUAAAAUUUGGCAAGAUUGUUGCAAAUAGUCAUGAUUAUUAUUAUUAUAAAUUAUGUUCCAAGGUGCAGGGAUAUGUAACUGAGAGAUUAGAGUGCUGGUUUUUAUGAUGUGGACAAUGUAUUAGCUAUGGAACUGUGUGAUUUAUCUUGAGAGGUACAGACGAAGGGGUAUCAGUUUGGCAAAAUGUUACAUUUGAUAAUUUUUUUGGUGAAAAUACCAGCAAGAAUUUUACCAUGAUAAUGAUAUGUAGCAAGUAUUUAAUUAUUAUUAGCUAUAAUAUGAACAUUGUGAGGUAUUUGCAUGUAGGAACUUAUGAAGAAAAAUGAUAAUGUACAACACCUCCUUGAAUUUAUUUAGUGCUUUUCUAAAAGAUUCAGCUUUAUUUCAUUUCCUCUUCAAAGGGAAUUUGGAACUGAUAUCCCUGUCUUUCCUUCCUAAAGGUUAUGAUUAAACAGGGAAAGUUUUAACCUUAGUGUAAACUAUUGCAUGUACCUUUUUUAUGUAUAGUUUUACAAGGUAAACCAUCACCUCCAGCUUAUCCUGUACUUUGUAUUUGAUGCUGUUACAAUAAAACUACAUAAUGACCAACUGCAA